AUGGCCACCCUUGCGCCGCCUCCCAGUAAACGGCAAAAGAUCGCUGCAGAGGAGAGAGCAGAGAGGGCACUUGAGGAAUCGAAAAUCCCCGACAACUUGGGCAGUGUGAGAGUGCAAUUUGUCGACCAGAGCACGGGAAAGUCAACGGGACCUGUGGUCGCGGUCCCUGUGAAAGAUGCCACUGUCAAAAACCUCGAGACGCUGUUGAAUACCAUACAAGGCAAUGAUCCCGCCGAACGACUGCCCUACCGCUUCUUCUUCCAGAACGAUCGACUCUCGACAACGCAAGAAGUUGCGAAUGCCAUUGUCGAUGUGCAGACUGACUUGUACAACUCCGUCCUCAAGCCCGGCUUCAAGACUACCGAAGACAAUAUCAUCCUCCAGUUCACUCCUCAGGCUGUAUUCCGCGUCCGCGCUGUUUCAAGAUGUUCCGCGUCAAUAGCAGGGCACGGUGAAGCCAUCCUCGCGACUGCAUUCUCGCCGGAGACAUCUUCCAGAAUGGCCACCGGUAGUGGGGACAAUACUGCUCGAAUAUGGGACUGCGAUACGGGGACCCCAUUACACACUUUGAAGGGACACACGAGCUGGGUGCUUGCGGUUUCAUGGUCUCCCGACGGCAAAAUCCUUGCUACUGGAAGCAUGGACAACACCGUGCGACUGUGGGAUCCAAAGACAGGAGAACCUCUGGGCGGGCCAAUGAAGGCACACACGAAAUGGAUCACAAGCCUGUCAUGGGAACCAUACCACAACCAGGCACCGGGUAAACCUCGAUUGGCAUCGGCCUCGAAGGAUGGCACAGUCAGAAUCUGGGACAUACCGCUACGCCGCAUCGAGCAGACCCUUUCCGGGCACAAGGGAUCGGUGACUUGUGUGCGAUGGGGCGGGCUUCAUCGAGUCUUCACCGCCUCUCAGGACAAAACGAUCAAAGUAUGGAACUCGCGGACGUGGAAUUGUUUACACACAUUAUCCUCGCACACCCACUGGGUCAACCACCUCUCUCUCUCCACCGACUUCGCCCUCCGAACAUCUUACCACGACCACACGGGUAAGCCCCCAUCGUCAACGGAAGAAAAAGUUGCCAAGGCGAAGAAGCGAUUCGAAGAAGCGGCCCGUCAGGAAGGGAAGCUGGUGGAAAGACUCAUCUCGGCAUCUGACGACAACACCAUCUUCCUGUGGGAACCGUCUUCCUUUGACCCGGAUUCAAAAGCCACUCCCAAGCCCAUUGCGCGCUUAUUGGGCCACCAAAAGCAAGUCCUCCACGUGUCCUUUUCCCCCGACGGCCACUACAUUGCGUCAGCGAGCUUCGACAACAGCGUCAAACUGUGGAACAGUCGAGAUGGCAAGUUCAUCUGCACCUUGCGGGGUCACGUGGGAUCUGUGUACAUGUGUGCGUGGUCGAGUGACAGUCGGUUGUUGGCAAGUUCGAGCAAAGACACUACCGUGAAAGUGUGGGAUGUGAAGACGGGAAAGUUGAAGAUGGACCUGCCGGGACACAAGGACGAAGUGUUUGCUUUGGAUUGGUCGGUGGAUGGCGCCUGUGUGGCCAGCGGUGGGAAGGAUAAGCUUGUCAAGCUGUGGAAGCAUUGA